AUGGUGAGAGCAGCUGGUUGCACGCUCUGGACCCCAGAGACCAUCACCGUACCCUGUAUCGGACCCUGCCGGGGCCCAGGCUCGGGUUUUGGCCUCCCUCCCCGGCCAUGCUGCUGCUCCCGCUCCCACCACCCCUUCUACAACGGCUUCUACUACUACCACAUCAUGAACGACAAGGGCAAGGGGCAGGAGAAAGUGGUUUACUUCAACGGGGCCAAGCUGGUGGUGGAGACAUCCAAAGACCCCAUCUACAGCUCCAGUGGUGCCAAUGUCACCCUGCCAUGCCACUACCAUUACGAGCCCGACCUGGAGGCCAAGCGCAAGAUCCGCAUCAAGUGGUCCAAGCUGCGGGACGACUACACCAAGGAGCAGGACGUGCUGGUGGCCAUCGGCAAGACCUACAUGGCCUUCGGGGACUUCCAGGGCCGUGCUCACCUCCGCCAGGCCGGCCGGCGCAAGGCCUCGCUGGUCAUCAGUGAUGUGCGCUUGCAGGAUGAUGGCAAAUACCGCUGCGAGGUCAUCGAUGGGCUGGAGGAUGAGAGCGACGUGGUGGACCUCCGGCUGCAAGGCAUCGUGUUCCCCUACCAGCCUCCCCGCGGGCAGUACAGGCUCAACUUCCAUGAAGCCGAGCGAGUGUGCCAGGAGCAAGGCGCCGUCCUCGCCACCUUCAACCAGCUCUUCCAGGCCUGGAGCGAGGGGCUGGACUGGUGCAACGCGCGCUGGCGGCCGGACGCCGGCGUCCGCUACCCCAUCACUAAGCCCCGGGCCAACUGCGGCCCCGCAGAGCCUGGUGUCCGCAGCUUCGGCUUCCCCAGCAAGGGCAGGUUUGGGGUCUUCUGCUACAAGGAGAGAUAA